UUAUACUUAAUAGCCUUUACUCUAUUUCUAGCCUACAACUAAUGUAUCCAAGAAACUGGUCACAGGAACUCUCUGCUAUUGGCCAAUUAUAAUGCAAUGAUCCUCCUCUAAAGCAAGGCUGGGUCUCCAACAGGCAGAACCAGAUUCCCCAAGAGUCAAGUAACCAGUUUGCUCUUCUACUGUAGUACUACAGGGCAAGGAGUCAGUUUCUCUCAUAACAGCUCUCCAAGAUGCACUCUCCAGAUUAUUUAAGAACUAGGAGGAGCAGGCAUGCAGAAACUAUUUAACAGAAAAGCACACAAGACGUGUUACUUAAGCAAAUGGGUCAAACUCAUUCUUUUCAGGAUACACUGAAGUUUACCCUGAGAAGUAGGAGUCCAACACUGAAGAACAAAAACAAAACAAAAAGUCUGCCUGCAGCACAGGAUUAUAAGGAUUGCAGUGACAUCAACGCAUAAGGGAAGACAAAGUUGUGCCUUUCCUUGCACAAGGGAAAAAAAUGAAAGACCGCCUUCAAGAGCUUAAACUACGAGCAAAAGAACUGCAGCUAGCUGAAGAGAACAGCUGUGCACCUGGGGUAAAGGAAGAAGACCAAAUAGAGCUUGAACAGCAAGCUAUUAUUUAUGAGAAAGAGCCCAUAACUGAGAGUUACCUACAUGAAAUCCAGAGACUUCAGGAUGAGAUUAGUAAUUUGGAAGAGGACGUUCAAAAGUUUGGUCAGCAGCAAAAAAGCCUUGUGUCUUCAAUGAGAAGGUUCAGUGUUAUUAAAAGAGAGUCCAACGUUACAAGAGAAAUAAAAAUUAAAGCAGAGCACAUACAUAAAUGCUUGGAUGAACUGUCAAAAACAGCGAAGAAGUCUGAAAGCGAACACGGGCCAUCUUCCGCCAUUGUAAGAAUACUUACAACUCAGCAUACAUUCCUUUUCCAGCGUUUCCAAACCACCAUGAUUUCAUACAACGAUUCUAUAACAGCCAAGCAGGAGAAAUGCAAGACAUUCAUUGUGCGUCAGCUUGAAGUAGUUGGGAAAGAAGUCUCAGAGGAAGAAGUGAAUGAUAUGCUUCAACAAGGAAAAUGGGAGGUUUUUAAUGAAAAUCUGCUUACUGAAGUCAAAAUCACUAAAGCUCAACUAUCAGAGAUUGAACAAAGACACAAAGAACUGAUGAAUCUAGAAAGCCAUAUCAAAGACUUAAAAGAAUUUUUCAUCCAGAUCUCAUUUCUGGUGGAGCAGCAAGGAGAAAUAAUUAACAACAUUGAAAUGGGUUUAAACAAUACUCAAGAUUACAUUCAGAUGUCAAAAGAGAAGUUUAGACUUGCAGCCAAGUACAAAAAGAAAAACCCUUGCAAAGCAAUAUGUUGCUGGUGUUGUCCAUGCUGCUGAUUAGAAAACAAAAACUGUUUCCUAGCUUUCAUGACUGUUCUUUGACAUGUGUUGGUCGUGUCCUUUCCAAUAGGUAUGCGUGCACUGUCUGCACAAUUGGACAAUUUUUCCCAUCAUGUUACCUGUCAGGUUGGCUGUGGAGCCCCCUGGUGUGGCACCUUUAAGGUGUGGUAUACACUGCUGACAUCCCACCCUCUCAGUUCCUUCUUGCCCUAUUAUUCCAGCAGAGGGGAGGUGGGUGGAAUUUGGAAUGGACAAGAGCAACAGUUAUGGAAGGUAGGUAACUAUUUUUCUUCAAGUGAUUGCUCAUGUGCAUUCCAGCAGGUGACUCACCAGCAGUUUCUCCCAGAGGAGGGUCAGAAUUCACCACAUUGCCGAAUGCAGAACCAUCUGCCAAAUGCCACAUUGUCCAAUGCCUGCUGAGGGAUGGCAUAGCAUGACUUGAAGGUGUGGCUGUAUGACCACAUGGGUGCCCAACAGAUGUCUUGGAUAGGGACUUAUAUGAGAAAUGCCACAAAGGAAGCUGCGCCCUUGUGGAAUGUGCUGUCAGCGUUGGGGCUGUGAGUUUAGCUAGCAGGAUGUGAUCCAGGACAAGAGGGACUGAGCUGAUAUGAGGAGACCUUUAAUCUUCUCCACUAUUGCAAUAAAGAGUUGUGCUGAUUUACAAAAAGGUUUCCUACAUUCACUGUAAAAUGGCAUGGCAUGUCUAACGUCCAGCAAAUGAAGGGCCUUUUCCCUAUCAGAUGUAUGGGGUUUAGGGAAGAAUACCAGCAAAAAUAUGUCCUAGUUCACAUAAAAGUGGGACACCACUUUCGGCAAAAAUGACAGGUGAGAGCAUAAUAGAACUCUGUCUUUGAAAAAGACAGUAUAAGGUGGUUCUGAAAUGAAAGCCUGGAGCCCCAUCUGGCCGAGGUUAUAAGCAUCAGAAAGGCCUCCUUCCAGGAAAGAUGCAACAAGGGGCAGGCAACCAGGGGCUUGAAUGGGUUGACCCAUGAACUUAGAAACAACUAGGUUCAGGUCCCAGAAAAGAAUUGGGUCCUUGACCUGCAGGUACAACCUAUCCAGGCUCUUUAGGUACCUUGCCACCAUAGGGGUUCUGAAAAUUGAUGUAUCCUCUUCAUCUGGAUGGAAGGUGGAGAUGGCCACAAGGUGAACCAAUAGAUAAAAUAGCUAGGCCCUGGUGCUUAAUUGUUAAAAAUAAUCAAGUACCAGGGGGAAUAGGGGCCCUGUUGUGGGAGGAUGUCUUAUUGAGCAGACCAGAGUGUAAUCCAUUUCCACUUGCCACAUACGUACACUGCUUGAGUAGCUGGCUUAUGGC